GCAUAAUAAUUCCGACACCGGCGGAACCGGUUGGAUGGCUUUAUUUGUUUGCUAAAUAGCCGCCACUUAACUGAUGCGCGGACAAAAUAGCCGCAUCAGUUCUUGAGCGUUCUUUGACGCCGUAAGACGCAGUUUUGCGGAACAGAUAAAGAGUGAAAUGAUUCAGGGAAAAGUUGUGCUGCUUUUGGUUGCGCUGUUGGGUUGCGCGUUCGGUGCGGAAGUGUUCCAAAAUGCGCGCUUCCAGUGCGGCAUUCCGAAGCACGCCACCACGCUGUUGAUCGUGAACGGAGUGGACGCCAAGAUCAGCGAUUGGCCAUGGCACGCGGCGAUCCGGUUGCACUCGGGGCCUGGCAGCAGUCCGGAGUAUGUCUGCGGUGGAACGUUGGUAAGCGAGCGGUUCGUGGUGACUGCGGCUCACUGCACCAUCGGAGAAAAUCCCAACAAACUACCAAAGAUGUCGGUUCAGCUGGGCGUGAAUGCGGUCGGUUCCCCGGAAGGGAAGGUUUACAAUGUUGAGAAGAUCCACCGGCAUAGUGGAUUCUCAUUGGAUAACUUGAGGGAUGAUAUUGCGCUACUCGAGUUGGACAGUCCCGUCGAGUUCACUGAUUUUGUUUUGCCGAUUUGUCUCAGCGAGAAGACGAAGAUGGAACCGGGGAAGUUGGGAGCGAUCGUUGGGUGGGGAUUCACCGAAAAUGAUAUUCCCUCGACGAGGUUGAAGCUCGCGAAGCUUCCGGUAGUCGAUGAGCUUGAUUGUAAGCGUAAGGAGCCCGAACUGUACGGGCGAGUGUUGACCAAUAAGGUGUUCUGCGCGGGAUACACCAAUGGAACAACCGCUUGCAAUGGCGACAGUGGCGGCGGAAUUGUUUUCGAACGAGGUGACGCCUGGUAUUUGGGCGGAAUUCUUUCCUUUACCAGAAGCAGGGAUGGUUCACAGCUCUGCCUGACGACGACAUACACUGUCUUCACCGACGUCACUCGCUAUCUGGAUUGGAUCGGGAAAAUCACAAACACCGAUUUCAGCGAAGAAUAUGGCAUCGAAAAGACGGUCCCCUGCUCGACACCGUCGCAACCAAACGGCGUUUGCGUACCAAUCCAACAGUGCAGAAACAUCUUCGAUACCAUCCGAACGCCUCAGCUUUCGGAAGCCAGCAAGAACAACUUGCGACAAUCCGUGUGUCAGCUGCGAGGAAUUCGUCGGAGCGUUUGCUGCCAACCGGACCAAGUGGAGCGAAUUGCGAUCCAUCGGAACGCGCUCCUGUUGCCCCUGGAGUGUGGUGUUGCGAAGAGAAGUGAACCUACCAGGACUGCUGUCCGCGCGGGAGUUUUCGAGUUCCCGUGGAUGGCUCUAAUUCGUUCCAGUAGAGCUACUCCCGAAAAGGAUCCAUACUGCACGGGAUCGCUAAUAAACAACCGAUACGUACUCUCCUCUGCCGGCUGCCUGAAAGCUAGAGAGCACAAAGAUUUAGAUUUCGUACGCUUGGGAGAGCACACCAUUCAUCAAGCCAGAGAUUGUACUACCUUCACGGAUCCUAGAACGCGUAACACAGUGGAAGAGUGCGCUGCCGCCCCGCUUGAUGUGAAGGCAGUAUUGCCAUUCGUGAUCCACCCACAGCAUAACAAACCCUUCCGAGGUAACGAUUUUGCGUUGGUUCGCAUGGAGCAGAAGGUUCAAUUCACGGACAACAUUCAACCGGUUUGCUUGCCCGUCCGGGAGGACCUUAGAAACACACUCCCCACCGAGUUCCUUCUCACCACCUUCGAGACCACCGAGAACCAGGGCCAGGGCUCGGUUCAGGAGCUGUACAAAACCCGAUCGGUUUUCACCGAUGUGGAGGAGUGCGAGGAACGCUUCGAGGACUACGGCUACACUCCAUGGGUCACCGAUAAAAUGUUCUGCUCGCUGGCCCAGGGACCCAACUUUAUCUGCACGCCACAUCUGGGCGCUCCGUUGGUUUCGAUGGUCCGCCAGGGCGAUCAGUUGCGAGCGGUGCAGUACGGCAUAUCGAUGAUGAUACCGAGCAAUUGCACGAUCGCACGAACCAUUCCGAAGGUUUACCUACGCGUCCCGCUGUACGUUGAUUGGAUUCUGGAAAAUAUUGUCCCCUAAAGCAGGAGGGGUUUAUUGUGGUAUUCGCUAGAAAUAAAUCAUCCUCCUAAAUGUCUAAA